GCCACUUCCGCUGAAUCCUUGUAAGUUACGGUACGCGUACGCGUUCAGCGGCCUGUGGCCCCCACUAGCUAAUUUACGACCUUGAUCGACAACACACUUGAUGGCUCCUGCUCCCUCCUCGCUCCUGCGAGCGGUAAAUGAAGACCGCCAGGUCUUAACCUCGCGUGUGUGCGUCCGAGAUGACCAGCUCAUGCUCAAGACCGUGUACUCGCUGGCCACUCGCACAGGCUCCGCCGUUAUUAACGCCUCAACCCAAGGACAACUGCCCCAACAGGCAUCGACAGCCUUCCACGAAGCGGUGGAGCUUCUCGCAGCCUUCGUGACCACUUUCUCCAAAACGGACCAAUUUGUGUUGAGUGGGGGGGGGGGGGUUGACCACAAUUGAUUAGUGUUUGUUAUAACCAAAAAAAAGUGUAGCUGCACCAAUUAUGUGGGUUGGGGUACCCACUGCAUAAAUAGGAAACACCUCUAAAAAUAAAAGGAAACCACCUU